CGGUUAGCUGGGUGAGCGUGAAACCGCGUGAGAAAGUUGCCAUUGAGGUAAAGCAGAGCAGGACCGUGAACAGUUCCCGCCGCUGUGGGAGUUGUUGUUAUCAAAAUUAACGACAUAUUUCCUCGUUUUUUAUUUUUUGUCUUAAAAACGAGAAAUCUAUUUUGAAGGCAAGGCUUGCUUCCACACUGAUCGAGGAAGUAAAUAUUUCUGUAUUUGUUGACCGUUCAACCGCCAGCCAGCGACCGCGGCGAGUCAAGUGGGAACUCUUCUCUGCAAUUAACUUGUGUGGAUUUGUUUCUGAUGCUCUGACUGAGCGCCGGCAGUUUGCGGCUGUCUGUUGAGGAUCUACGGGGUUGAUUUUAUCUUGUUUGUUUGUUUGGUCGACCCUCCGUACUCGGAAUACAUCAGUUCGCACACAAAACAAACGCCGGAGUGGCGAAGGUGGCUCCAGCCCUAUUUUUUUCAUUUCUCACCUGGCUCUCCUGCCCUUCUCUUCCCUCCCCCUUCAGCUGCUUUCAACUAAUGAGCCGUUUCCCGUGUUUUUCCGGUUGAUUUACGGUCGCGCUGCCUGUGGAGCGGGGGACAGACGACCGAGAGACAGGGAGAAGCGGAAAUUCACGUUAAACGGUCGGUGAACCCAGACGAAGCGGACAAGCGGUGCUUUUUUUUGUAAUUAACGACCGGGGGUCCUAAUAACAACGGCGGAUGGAUUCCUCUCCGUGAUUGGGAGCUUCCCACAACCUUACUUUUCAUCCCCAUUUGAUCCCACUUUGACGGGGUUUUAAGAAAGAAACGGUUUCAUCCUCCCGGAGAUAACAAUGUUUCCCCAGGGGCGACACCCGACGCCCCACCAGGCUCCAGGCCAGCCCUUCAAGUUCACCAUCCCAGAGUCACUGGACCGCAUCAAGGAGGAGUUUCAGUUUCUUCAGGCACAGUACCACAGUCUCAAACUGGAGUGUGAGAAGCUGGCCAGUGAAAAAACAGAGAUGCAGAGGCACUACGUCAUGUACUAUGAGAUGUCGUAUGGCCUCAACAUUGAAAUGCACAAACAGACUGAGAUUGCCAAGAGACUAAACACCAUCUGUGCGCAAGUCAUUCCCUUCCUCUCACAGGAGCAUCAGCAGCAGGUGGUUCAGGCUGUGGAGCGAGCCAAACAGGUGACCAUGGCAGAGCUCAAUGCUGUCAUCGGGGUACGUGGACUGCCCGGUCUUCCACCUACACAGCAGCACUUGUCCCAUAACCAUGGUGGUGCUCCUGUGCCCCUCACUCCUCACCCUGCUGGCCUCCAUCCUUCUCAGCUGGGUGGUUCAGCUAGUCUUCUGGCUCUGUCAGGAGCACUCGGAGCUGUUCCUCCUCAUCUGGCAGGAAAAGAGAGUGGUGAGAAAAAACCUCACAUGUCUGGACAAGACUCUCACCCUGCAGGACCUGAACACCUGAGAGAGCGAGAGCCCAGCACAAGUAACUCAUUGCUGCCAGAAAGUCUUAGGAAUUCAGAUAAGCGACGCAACGGACCUGACUUCUCAAAUGACACCAAAAAGCGAAAGGUGGAUGACAAGGACUCAAGUCACUAUGAUAGUGACGCAGAGAAAAGUGAUGACAAUUUAGUGGUGGAUGUCUCAAAUGAGGAUCCAGCCUCCCCUCGUGGCACACCUCUUCCUUCUCCUAGAGAAAAUGGCUUGGAUAAAGCGCGUCUUCUCAAGAAAGACCCCUGUAGUCCAGCCUCUACUGCAUCAUCAGCCAGCUCCUCCUCCCUAAAGUCUAAAGAGAUGGCAAUGCGAGAUAAGGCAGGUACACCUGGGCUGAAGUCAAGCACACCCACGCCUAGAGGUGACUCCACCCCCGGGCCCAGCUCCACACCUGGAAUCCGACCAAAUCUUUCAAAACCCCCCUCAAUGGAAAUACCACAUCCACCUACUGCAGGUUUGCGAACUCCCCUGGCUGUACCAGGUCCAUAUCCAGGUGCAUUUGGCAUGUUGCCCCACACAGCAGGAAUGAAUGGGGAGCUAGCUGGUGCAGCUGGAGCUGCAGCCUAUGCUGCUGGACUGCACAACAUGUCACCUCAGAUGAGUGCUGCAGCGGCAGCUGCAGUGGCCGCAUACGGGCGGUCACCAAUGGUUGGUUUUGAUCCUCAUCCUCACAUGCGAGUUCCUGGAAUGCCUCCUAGUCUGACAGGAAUCCCUGGUGGCAAACCUGCUUAUUCAUUUCAUGUCGCGGCCGACGGACAGAUGCAGCCAGUUCCAUUUCCUCCAGAUGCUUUGGUGGGGCCUGGGAUCCCUCGCCAUGCCCGUCAGAUCAACACACUGAACCACGGAGAGGUGGUGUGUGCCGUUACCAUCAGUAACCCCACCCGACAUGUGUACACAGGAGGAAAGGGCUGUGUCAAGGUGUGGGACAUUAGUCACCCAGGAAACAAGAGUCCUGUGUCCCAGCUAGACUGUCUGAACCGAGACAACUACAUCCGGUCUUGCCGUCUUCUCCCUGAUGGUCGGACGCUUAUUGUGGGAGGCGAGGCAAGCACGUUGUCAAUCUGGGAUUUGGCCACGCCUACUCCCAGGAUUAAAGCAGAGUUAACAUCAUCAGCACCAGCAUGCUACGCUCUGGCAAUUAGCCCGGACUCCAAAGUUUGCUUUUCUUGCUGCAGCGAUGGAAACAUCGCAGUCUGGGACUUGCACAACCAGACACUCGUUAGGCAGUUCCAGGGCCACACAGAUGGAGCCAGCUGUAUCGACAUCUCCAAUGAUGGCACCAAGCUGUGGACCGGAGGCUUGGAUAACACAGUCCGCUCCUGGGAUCUGAGGGAGGGACGGCAGCUGCAGCAGCAUGACUUUACAUCACAGAUCUUCUCGCUCGGCUACUGUCCGACAGGAGAAUGGCUCGCUGUUGGAAUGGAGAGUAGCAAUGUUGAGGUCCUUCAUGUAACCAAACCGGAUAAAUACCAGCUUCAUCUACAUGAGAGCUGUGUGCUCUCCCUGCAGUUUGCCUACUGUGGCAAAUGGUUUGUGAGCACAGGAAAGGACAACUUACUGAAUGCAUGGAGGACACCUUAUGGGGCGAGCAUAUUCCAGUCUAAAGAAUCAUCCUCGGUACUAAGUUGUGACAUAUCUGUGGAUGACAAGUACAUUGUUACUGGUUCAGGGGACAAGAAGGCCACUGUUUAUGAGGUCAUCUACUAAAUAUAUGGAAAGAAAGCUGGGACAUUUCUUCUUUUUCCAAUAUGCUCUGUGUUUCUAGAAACACACCACAGAUAAGGUGGACCUUGAUGGCACAUUCUUUAUUCUGUUAGAAAACCUUCAGAGAAACACAAAAAGGAGACCCAUGUUGUAUAUGCACUGAUCUGUUGUGCCUGUGUACAUGACUCCAACUCAGCUGGGAAUAAACUGGAGCAAGUGGAUGAUAAUGGAAGCACAGGAAAUAUUCAGAUAUCUGCUUACUGCUGGGGGCUAACCUGGGAUCAUUUACACGAAUCAGAGAAGGACCAAAGGGGACUCUGAAACGAGCUCUUCAGACAACACUGCUGAACAUCAGAUAUUGAAACACACUAAAUGUCAGCGCAACUACAUUUGGACAACCUCUCAGGCCUGCGGGGUGACUGUGUAAAAAAAAAAAAA